AUGACCGCCAAUCCGUCUCAGCUCUUCCUCCUUGCAGACCACAUCAAGCUGUCGCUGCUGGAGCGACAACGGGCCAUCUCGCUGAAUCUCGAGCCCAACACCCAGGAUGGGGAGAUCUCGCGGUCCCUGGACUCCUUGCGGGAAGGCAUCGAGGCCGUCGAGGCCGAGCACGCUCGGCUGGAGGCCGCCAACGACAGCGAGGCCGCCGCUCUGAAGGACCAACUCAGCCAGCUGCGCACGCAGUUCCAGGACCUUUCGGCGCAGUUUCACAGCAACAACACGCCCAGCGAUGCCACCAAGACGCCCAAUGACCCGGCGCUGGGCCCGGACUUUGCGAACGCAACCCGGGGCCCGACGCCGGCGCUCCAGCACCCGGUGCCGCAGCAUCCAGUAUCCAAAUCGGUGCGCUUCACAGACGCUGCACCGGACGGUGAUGAAGAUGACGAGUACGAAGCUAACCGCGCGGCCCUGCUGCAGCCCUACCGCGACUCGCCGUCGCCGCAACGGGUCGACCCGUCGAGCCUCACGAACCAGCAGAUCCACGAGCACCACGCGCAGAUCCUGCGCGAGCAGGACGCCCAGCUCGACCAGCUGGGCGAGUCGAUCGGCCGGCAGCACCAGCUGAGCAUCCAGAUCGGCGACGAGCUCGAGGGGCAGAUUGCGCUGCUGGACGACGUCGAGGCGCACGUCGACCGGCAUGCCACGCGGCUGGACGGGGCGCGACGGCGACUGGACAGGAUCCGGCGGAGGGCGGGGGACAAUUGGAGUUUGAUGACGAUUAUUGGGUUGAUUAUUGUGCUGGUGAUUCUGAUUGUGAUAUUGAAGUAG